AGAUUAUGGGUUUGAAAUGUACACGUUUAAUAUAUUCUAUUCUAGAGUAAUAUUUUUAGAGAAUGUUAGAAUCCAUUUUUUUCUUUGAAGAAUUUGCAAUGGUUUUUCAUACUAACUAUAUUUUGACCUUUGGUCUGACAGUGAUUGCAGACCUGUCAUUUGUUUUAUUGUGUGUGGUCUCAAUUUAGAAAAGGUGUUAUAUUAUAAAAAACAUUUAUAAAAUGUAGAAGUUUCUGUUUUUAAUCAUUCAGAACUUGUCAGGACUUGGGAGGAUAUAUAGCUUGGCAUAUGACAUGGGUACCCAUCCACCAUUUACACUCCCCUUGAGUCGUCAUGUCUGUAUUUAACCAGAUAAAGUAAAUUUCAUAUUUUUCAAGAGAAAAUAAAAACUUCCGACUCUUAUUAUUAAAUGAAACCACCAGUCCUUCAUUUGCUGAAGGCUUAAUAAUAUGAUAAAGCCUUGACAUACCUUGUUUUUCUGAGUAUAGAAAUAUUUAAAAAAAAAAGCACUUUCAGGCUCCAACAGAAAUGUCAAGUUUCUUCGUAGAACACGUGUAUGUAUAUUAAUAUAUGUGCAAUAACAGUUAUUAUUAUACUUCUUGUCAAAAUGCCAGAUUUUGAUUGGUUAAUACGAGGUAGAUAAUUUACUCUAUCCCAUGGUAAAUAUUCUAUUACCCUUCACGGAAACGCUUGAUCAAGUGCGCGCUUUAUUAAAUACGAAUGGUUGUUGUGUACAAGGCGUCAUAAUUUAUUACUUUGAAUUUGAAAAUUUAAUAGACAGUAAAAACAGAUCAUUCAAUAUAAUAAUUUAAAAACACAUACCUGAGAGGUUGAUAGAGCAGAUUGUUACCCCUCGAAAAGACAUUGUCAACGUUAGCUUCGCCGCGGUUGACAAUGUUUUCUCGGGGUAACAAUCUACUCUAUCACCCUCUCAGCUAUGUGUUAUUUAUAUAUUGUCAAUGCAAAGAGUAUCAGGAUGUAUUCUGGGUGUGACAGCUACUAAUUAUUUGUCAACUUAAAACCCAAUCCUCAAUCAUGUAUAUCGAAUAACUAAAUACUGCAAAACAUGCUAUAAACAUGUGAUAAAAGUAAAAUGCCAAUAUACUGUAUAAAACUGAAAAUAGCACUUCACUAAUAUGUAAUUUUGUAUGUUUUAGUGGAUAUUAAUUUAUGUAAUCAAAUUAAAAAAAAAUCACAACAUUAAACAGGGUUAUGGGGUGUGAAAAAUGAUUAUGUAAUGAGUAUGAAAAGCUUUUUAAAUUAUACCAUCAGAGACACAUAUAACCAUCUCUGGCAACAUAUAUAUUUAUAUAUAUAUACUUUAAUAUGUGUAAUAAUGAAGAAUUAAAAAAUAUUACCAUCUUGACCUAAUUAAUUAAUAUAUAUUAUAAAUCCUUAUACAUGCAGCUAAGCAAUUGUAAAAAUAUAAUUGACUAAAUCAUCAUAGUCAUCAAUUUAGGUAAACUGGAUGCAGAUUGAAGAACCAUCUAUGGAACAACUAAUGAAAGAUUGCUUAAAGAUGAACAGGGAUUGAGCACAAACAAUAUUAUAUUAUGAUGUGAUAUCAUCUUCAUUAUUUUGCAAUUACACCCGUAAAGUACAAAAUAAAGAUCUGACUCUGUCCAAACUGUUUUUCCUCUGUCUUUUAUUUAUGAUUUAUCAUAUCUUGUGAAAUUUACACUUGAGUCAUGUCAUUAAAGACAAAUCCUGACAUGCUCAACAUAUCACAAUAAUUUACACUUGUACUUGCUAAAAAAGAAUGCACUGAUUAAGGGAUAUUAUUGGGAGGCUUAUAUACAUAUUCUUAAAUGCAUAAUGUGCUGAAUUCAGAAUAUCUAAGUGUGAUUUAUAAGAAAGUAGACAACUUUUGUUCACAUUUUGUAAUUUUGUGUACUGAAAGACAUCAGUGAGCCAUGAAAAGGGGAAAUAAAUCACAAAAAAAACCCAACAGAUUUUAAUCAUUUCAAUAACAUGUUGACUGUCUUUUCCUCUGUGACAAGUUUUUCAUAUUUUUAAGAUGUUUUGGUCAAGAACAGAGAGGUUUUAAAAAAAAAAUCAUAGGGAGUGCCUGCAGGGCCUUACCAAAUUGUGAUGUGUACUGAAAUUGUGCUCUUGUGUAAACAACGAAAUCAAUGUUAACGUCAUGUGACUAUCCAAGUUCUGUUCUCCAUGUUCCAGUUUAUUAAAAUAAACUACUCAUGUUUCUUUUUUCUAGGUAAAACAGGUUUGUGUCAAUUCGUCCCGAGUUGAAAAUUUGUCAAUAACAGUCGAAGUUGAAAAAUGGCGGUUCUGAAGACUGAAAAUUAAUGACUUGAAUUUCUUUUUCUACGAUAUAUUACUUUUACUUCUUAUAUCUUUUAAAUUAUUGUAAAACUUAUGAUAUCAUGUAUACCGCUCAUGAUACGUUUAGUUUCUAAAAAUUUAACAAAUUCACGAUUUCCUACUAGGUCGUCUUCCUCGGGGAAUUAUUUUUCUACGCAGCGACAUCUGUUGACGGCAUUCUCUGAAAUUAUCUCCACUUGAUUCUUGAGUAAUAAAUCCGGGGUUUUAACGGACAAAUCAGAGAUUUGCUGUCCGGCUGUAAACCACAUUUAAAACAAGAAAUCAAACAAGUACUGAUAUUAAACGAUGGGAAAGGUUUAUCAGCAGCGUUGAGUGCUGAUAACGGGGAUGUGAGGCUUUGUCUAUAGACUAUAUAUGCAAGAACGUGAGUACAUCUAUUCUGCAAACAUGUUGAAUCUAAAAAAACUAUAGACCUACAAUAAUAUAGAUAAACAAAACAAAUUUAUUUUUUGGCGAAGUAGUCACUCGUUCAUAGAGAGAUAUAUUUGUCGUUUAAAAUUGAGCCUAAUAUGAUUGAUGAGUUAUCCUACAGCCACUAGGUCGAUUCCACUGCUGUUGGAGGUUUCUUCCUCGAGGGUAUCACCAAUCCAAUAGUCGGCACUUCUGUGUUGAAAUGAAUUAUCAUUGAUAUUGUGAUAUUCAUACAUCAAUAGUUUACGAAAUACUUAUGAUUUUCUACCCCAGGAAUAGAUUACUGUAGCUGUAUUUGUUUUGUUUUUUGGGGUCUUCAAUGCUCUUUAACUUCGAACUUUAUUUGGUGUUUUUGCUUGUUUUAUUCAAGCGCCAAUAAUGAGUCUUUUAAGGACGAAACUCAGGUCUGGUGUGUAAAAUUAUAAGACUGAUAUCUUUAUCUUUAUCUUUAUGCCUGUACCAAGUCAGGAAUAUGACAAUUGUUGUCCAUUCGUUUAAUGUGUUUGUGCUUUUGAUUUUGCCAUUUGAUUUGAGACUUUCCGUUUUGAAUUUUCCUCGGAGUUCAGUAUUUUUGUGAUUUAACUUUUUGAUAAGUUUUUCUUUUGCAUAUGCACACAUUUCUAUUAUAGCCACUGAUAUAUCUUUUGCAAAUACCAAUACAAUAGUAAAAAGUUUGUAUACAAAAGAGAGGCGAAAGAUACCAAAGGAAUAUUCAAUCCCAUAGGUCGAAAUCAGACUGACAUCGCCAUAGCAAUAUCCCAUUACACAAGAGAUGUAUUCUUACGUUUAUUUUUUUAAUUUAUUUUAACAGGACACACGACCAAAUUGUGCAUCUGAUAAGGGAUUUCAAGUAUCGACUACUGUCUUGAGCACAUAUUUUCAAAUUCCAUUUGAUUAUAUACCAUACAUUACACAUGCGUUUUGGAGUAUAGAUGAGCGACAUUGGCUUGGUGAUUUGUGGAGCACAUUCAAUGAAAUGAACUACCAAUAUACUUCAAUCCAUCAAAACAUGGAGCUGACAGCAAGUGAUCUUUUACUUGAGCCUGGACGAACAUAUCGAUUAUCAGUGAAGUUUUGUGCAGAUAUAGUUUGUUUUCCUUCUGCUCUUAAGACUAGUGGUGUUACCAUCUUACCAAACAAACCUGUUAUCGGACCUAUAUCGAUCGAUUACACAUGUCAUACUAACAAUACAGAUAAGAUAGAAAUCAUGUUUGCUAAUAUGUAUGAUCCCGACGUUUUGGAUGAAGAGGAAGCAAGACGAGUAGUAUCACAUUACGAAUACAGUCUACAGGAUAGUUCAAGUGGAAUAUUUCAUUCUUGGUUGAAAGCAGAUAAUAUAUCAGCAGUUAACAGCUCUUUCUCACACUUUACAAUUUAUUUGUUGGGCCAAAUGGAUUUUUCAAAAUGUCGUAUAAUUGCCUUACGCGGAUAUAAUAGAGCAGGCGUGUGGCAGACAGCAUUAGCUGAAAUCAAACAGUGCAAUGUACAAGCUGACAAUCAAUUUAUUGUUCCAAACGUAGUCAUAGAUGCUACAGGAGAUCAGCAAUUAAAUGGAGAUGAAUCAAUAAGAGAUGGAUAUGGCAAAGAAAUAUAUCUAAAAGAAAACGGCAAAUGGAAUAUUGAAGACGUGGAUUACACUCCGUAUAAAAACAUUAUAAGUGCUAUGUGGCACUCACUGCGGCAAAAAGACUUUACUUGGGCAGUGAUUGAAAUAAAAACAUUAGAUACAUUAACAUACUACAAGGAUUUCAACAGUAUUCAUCUUUCAGACCCAUGUUCACAUCCUGAUGUUGUUAAAUGUGGACAUACUGAGAGUGUUUAUAUUAAUGUGUUAUUCAAUGACGAAAGUCCACUAGAACACGGUAAACGCUACACUAUAUGCAUUCAUGCUCCAUCAAAAACGCUUCAGCAUGAGAAGUGGACAGAAUCACUGAAGGAAAUUAAUACUUGCAGUGAUGGUAUCACCGUUGAUCUUACUCCUCCUAAAACCGGAAAAGUAUGGAUUGGACCAACUAUAGAAAAACAGUACAAGUUUCAGACAACAACAUCUGAUAUUUUCGUAAAUUGGGAAUCGUUUUUGGAUGUUGAAGAAUAUGGUACAGCAAGUCACAGUACUGGUAUACGCCAAUACCAAGUUGCUAUUGGGUCUGUUGAAGGCGGGUCAGAUAUAGUUGAAUACACAAAUGUUGGUAUUUUAAACCAUGUAACAUUUCACAAUCUUAACUUACAGAAUGGACAUGAUUAUUUUGCAUCUGUUAAAGGAAUUGAUUUUUCUGGAAGAAUUUCUACAGCAAACUCUGUCUCCAUCAGAGUAGACACCACUCCACCACAUUUAACAUCAAGACCCAUUCUAACUGAUGGCAGACAUAUUAGAAAUUUUAGUGAAAUUCAAGCAUGCUGGAAAGAUGUAUUUUCUGACUUAGAAAGUGGGAUUAAACAUUAUCUAUUAGAAGUAGGCUCUAAACCAAACUUUGGGGACAUUGUUGAAUCUAUCAAGACAACUGAAGACUGUGGUGUUUCUGUACAGUAUUUGGAUAUAGAUACCUAUCAAGGACAUGCAAACUUUAUUACUGCAGUCAAUAAUGCAAAUUUAGUAACAACUGCAUCCUCAUGGGGUUACAUUUAUGAUAAAACUCCACCAGAAGUGGGACAAGUAUUUGAUGGAUUUUUGCAUGAUAUUAAGAUGAAUAGAAGGGACAUAGACUUUCAAAUAAGCUCUGUUAAGCUUGGUGCUCAUUGGGAAAAAUUCUAUGACCCACAUACAACAAUAAAGACUUACAAAAUCGCUAUUGGAACUUGUGCUGGGUGUGAUGAUGUGUUACAAACACAUGAUAUCGGAUUAAUAUAUGAGUUCGUUUUAAAAGGAAUAAAUAUUGCUGUCGGUAGGCGAUAUUUCACUACAGUCACUGCAUGUAAUACAGCUGACCUUUGUUCUUCUGUCAGUUCUGAUGGAGUUAUUAUUGACGACAGUCCUCCAAAUAUUGGAAAAAUAAAAGACGGAGCAGAUUAUACCGACAUUCACUAUCAAUCUUCCAGAUCAUAUGUAGCUGCAACUUGGCAUGGUUUUAACGAUCCACAAUCUGGUUUGGAUAAAUACUUUAUCAGAGUUGGAACACGUAUUGGAGGAAAUGAUAUUAUAUCACACAUUGAAUUACCUUUGACAGAUAUAGUUGUGUUUCCGAAUAUAAUUGAACCAAUUCCAACUAAUACCAGAAUCUACGUAACUGUCCGUGCAUACAAUAAAGCCGGUCUUUACUCUGAAGCGACAUCAAAUGGUGUCUUGAUUGAUGAUUCCCCUCCAACCUUCACUCGCAAACCUGAAUUGUUUGAGCAGUUGGGAUCCAUGAUGGAACACUCAAUUAUUUAUAGGAGUUGUCUGAAACUCUCAUGGGAAGUUAGUGACAAGGAAUCAUACAUUGAAAGACAGUAUAUAUCAGUAACCUCCCACAGAGGUGGUGAAAUCAAUUCAACUUCUACAGAGCUAAAUGGAAUCGUCCGUGAUUAUACUUAUACCAGAUUGAAUCUUCACGAUGGUGGCAAAUACUUUGUUACUGUUAUUGCAUGUAAUGGGGCUAAAGUUUGUGUAAGAGAGAUAUCUGGCGGUAUUUUCGUCGACAACUCACCACCAAUUGCAGGAACGUUUGCUAUUGAAACGGACCAUGCUGCUAAAUUAAAUCGUCAUGUUGAUGGUUGGUGGAUGAAGUGGUCAACAUUUAAAGUAUGGUUGUCAUGGAUAGGAUUCUCUGAUCUUCAUUCUGGUAUAGACUAUUACAUGGUAUCGGUUGGUAGCAGAUAUAUGCUGGAUGAUCUUAAUCGUGAUAAUAAACUAGAGAAAUUUCACCACAAAGGUGAUGGUGUAGACAAGGGAGACGAGGGGAAAGUGCAAACUUUUGAAGUAGAUACUAUAAAAUUAACUGACUACGAUUAUGUGUUCAUCAGUGUUUGGGCAUUUAAUAAAGUUGGACUUCAAAGUGACAUGAUUCAUAACCAAUUCCGCUUGAUUCCUGGUGGCUCACUUGAAUUGAUAAGACGAUGCUCUUCUAGUACAUGUCUAGGACACUGUGUAUGUGCACCAAAAGAUCAUAGAUGUCCUAUUCAGGAAUCGCCUUGUGUAGACAGCACACAAAAUAAUACAAACACCUUAAUUUCAAUUUAUGAUCUGACUGAUUUACAACAAGGGGAAUCAGAGGAUAUAAACUUUACGCCAUCACAUGACGCGCUAGCAGCUAGAUGGAGAAUAGUUCAAAUUCAGGGUUUAUUACCACAAUGGUAUGAAUGGAGUGUAGGAAUAACAGACUCUAAUGAACCAGAAGGGAUAAUUGACGGCUCUGUGGAAAAUAUUUGGCAUCCUUGUGGUCAAAUAGAUUAUGCUAUCUACACUUUACCUAGGGGAAAUGUUCUAAAUGACUUUCAGACAUACUCAUUCUUUGUAAGAGCAUGGUAUGACAGCAACACUUUUGCUGACUUCAAAUCUAAUGGUGUAACAGUUAUGUCAAAACCUCUGACGACAACGAACUUUGUUGGCACAGGGGUAGUGGAACAUUUACCUGACCACUGGAAGAAGGAUAUUGAUUAUAUGUUAAGAGGAGGAUUAUUUUCUGUUUCUUGGCAUAAAGCAUUUGUAAAGGCUAGCACUGUUAUAGAGAAAUUUCAUGUUUAUUUGAGUACCUACCCGGGUGGUCAUGACAUACACAAAGUUGAAAUAGAUAUUCCAGGAUCAGUAUCAACGGUUAAUAUUAGCCGAGUGCCCCUGUUACCCGGUGUUAGGUAUUAUUCUAAUGUGGUUGGUCACAGUUAUGCUGGACAGCACGUGACACUGUCAUCAGAUGGGUUCACCGUAGAUAUAGAUAAACCUUUCAUCGGAGUUGUACAUGAUGGCAUCGGACACAGAGAAAUUGAUUUUCAAAACAGUUCGCAGGUUGUUGGUGCAUCCUGGAAUGGUUUUGUAGAUCACGACUCUGGUAUUCAGAAGUAUUAUUGGUGCGUUCAAAAUGAAAUCACCGAUACGGAAUGUGAUGUGCUUCCUUUUCAGAAUGUUGGUAUUCACAGAUCAGUAUCCAAAUAUAUAAACUCUUCUAUGAUACACUCAGGGGCUAAGGUAGUCAGUAAAGUGUAUGCUGUUGAUUUUGUUAGCCAUGUAUCGGACAUUGCAACAUCGGACGGUAUUACAAUUGAUGAAACCCCACCAAAACCGGUAAAGCUGAUUUUAACUGAAAAUAGUGUGAUAAAGAAUCCAUCAUUUGAAGACGGUGAUAAUAAUUUCGUAGAUAUUUCAAACAUUUCUACAGUUAAUAUUUGUGGAUAUUCAAAACCAUAUCACUGGAAUUCUUCCGAAAAGGAUUGUAUUUGCGUAAUGGGUUCUUCAAAAUCUAUUGCUAUGGAUGGUCGAUCAUUUUUAUUUCUCAGAGGAAGUGUAUUGCAGGCAUUAUAUAACUUAGAAAUAGGCAAAUCUUAUAGUUUCAAAUUCUUUACUGCUCACGUCCCCUUUGAAGAUUCAGUGCUUUCUACAAAAGAAGGUUAUAUUGAACUUGGAAAUGAACGACAUGUGUUUCUUGUGUACCAAAAACAAGACAAACAUGGUUCUGACAUUGAAGUAUCCUGGCAUUCUCAUACAUUUUCCUUUACCGCAAAGACUACAAAUGUGAAUAUUACAUUUGGAAGCAUGGACGACACAACAGGCAUUUUACUCGAUAACAUUCAAAUUUCUAAGGCUGAAGUAUUUGAUGUCGAGACGGACUCUUAUCCAGUGUUAUCUCACGCAAUUUGGCUUCACGAAUGGUCAUCAAUACAUGCCUCGUGGCAAUUUAUUGAUGAAGAAAGUCCUAUUGUUGAAUAUCUCUGGGCAAUUGGUUACAAAGAAGGAAGCACAGAAAUGCAGAAAUAUACAAGUGUUGGACUAAACACAUUCGCAUACAAUUAUAAUAUUUCAUUAGCACAUACGUCUACAAUUCACAUAACAGUUGUUGCCAUCAAUGGUGCUGGGUUGUCUUCAGUAGCCACAGCAGAAGCCCUUUAUAUUGAUCUGACACCUCCUGAUAUAAAAUUCAUUUAUGAUGGAAUUGGAUAUGAUAUAGACAGUCAAACAACGGAUGAAAUCAUUGCUAACUGGAGGGUAGAAGAUCUAGAGUCAGGAUUAUCGCACUGUGAAUGGGCAAUUGGUUUUAGUGAAUUUGGUAAUGAGAUCCAACCGUUUGUACGAAUAUCGGCUGAACUGUCAUCUGUAUCUAAAGUAUUUGACCAUAGUAUGGUGUCAUCAAAGACAGUUCAUGUAACACUACGGUGUCACAAUAAGGCAGGUUUACACAGCAAAAAAUCAUCAGACGGAGUAACAAUAUCAGAAAAUCCUCCAUCUAUACAGAGUGCUCAGGUUCAAAUUCUGGACCAACCAAUUACGGAAUACAAAAAUAAACCAAACUUCCAUGGAAACACCUCUACUGUGCGGUUGAAGUUGAUGGGCUUUGAGGAUAAAUCAGGCUUAGAUUCAUUUCUUGUGGAAUUUGAAAACCAAGACAAGACGGUUUCUUUAUCAAAGACAAUCCUUUAUGACCACGAUGGUGUAAUGUACUGUAGUAUGACUGGUUUUGAACUGCAUGAUGGACAGUAUGUAGCCAGAGUAUCAGCAAUUAAUAAUGCAUUCCUAUCCAGUAACCCUGUAUCAAUAAAUAUUUUUGUGUCAACAAAAAAUCCUAAAGUAUCAGAAACAAAAUCCAUCACAAUGUCUGAAAAGAACAGAACUUUAACCAUUAGCUGGGAUACGUAUUUUACCUCUGCAUUUACCUUGUACUAUGAAGUGUCUGUAGGGUCAGCUUUAAAUGGAGCGGAUAUUGUACAGUGGCAAGAGACGACAAACGAAUUUCUUGUGAUGCAUGUCCCACUUCGGGUUAAAUUCUACAGUGGAAUGAAUAUCUAUAUUACAAUAACAGCUAUUGGAUUGCAUGGGCAACAUACGACAAAAACUGUUGCUCUGACUAUUUAAUAAAAAUAUUUGUUUUUAUCUAAAGUGCGUUGACACACAAUUGCAAUAAUUCGUGUAAAUAGUGGCUGCAACAAGCAUCUUCCUUGAUAAUUCUGUGUGUAACAAUGGUAUUUUCAAUAAAAUGUAUGUGUUAUUUUA